AUGAAGAAUCAGCGGCUGACUCUGUCACCGUCAACGACACAAACACCUGCCGCGCCAGUAGUCACACCAGCCGGCAUAUCCACCAUUUCACAAGUCAUGCCUUCCCCAGCUCAGAACUCGAUCUUCAGUACUCCUCGGAGCAACACCAGUCAGCAUUCCAGCCAUCGACGAACGAAAACAGAAUCGGAUGCUGCUGUAGCCGACUUGAUGACUCUGCCCCACGCAUACAUAUGCACAUUGGCGGAUUUGUGGUUCAAAGAGUCCCAACCAUGGGUGCCCAUCUUGACUCGAAAUCAGAUCCAAAACGCACUGGACAACCUUCCGCUACCGCUGACGCACAUUGAUGACCUGGUGCUGAAAGCGGUCCUGGCGCUUCAAAUCAAGCAUUCCAGCCAAGCCAUCUGUCUGGGUUAUCAUGGAAGACUGCGCCUAUCAGACCACCUUCGGUCUCAAGUGAUCAACGAAGCCUUCUCAAAGGCGUGUCUGAGCUCUCUGCAAGCAUUAUUGAUCAUAGCCAUUCUCGACUAUGGCGCAGACAACAUUCCCAGCACUUUCAGCUUAUUGUCUGUCUGUCGACGCAUGUGCGAGAACAUCGGGCUCUUCCGCAAACUGCUGAAACAAAUGGAAGUGGAGAAUCCGGCGCAGAUCGGUCCACCAGCGAUAGUAAGCAAUGAUGGAGAUGAGCUGGCGAUCCCGUUGACAUGGGCCACAUUAGCUCUCGAUGCUGCCACGACACUCGGCAUCAGCUGGCGAGACGUGUCAGCAGCACUAGUGGACCAUCUGUCCAGCGUGGCCUAUGUCAGUACGCCAGACCUCAAGGACAGUUUCCGCAGCCACGUCCACUUGACGGCGAUUGGACUACAGCCUCUGCACACGUUUGUUCAUGACCACUCGCGCGGGAGGUACGAUCAUUCGCGAGCGAAUGCGCUCGAGGUGUGCGACGAGAUCUAUCACAAUUUGAUGAGCUAUGUGCGAUCGCAGCCCAGUUCAAGUUACACGUUGCUGGCGGACGGGUUGAUCGAUUUCGACGCUUAUCUGAUGCAGACCAGCUUGGUGGCUCAUGCAGGGGUUAUUAUCCUGUAUCAGCGGCUCGUUGACUUUGUGGACGAUCGCUCACUCCAAGAGGUCCCCGUCCAGCGAUGUCUUCAGGCAUGCCAGGAUUUGGUCUUGACCAUACAAAGUAUCAGUGACGCCGAUUGCGAGUUAAGUACUCCCGUCAUGGCCAGUAUGCUUUUCGUCGCCGCGCGGUUCAAGUUGAUCCUGUAUCGCAUGCUGAAUCGGCCACGGGAGCCCAUGUUUGACUCCCUCAUGCAUGGGAUCAAUAUGAAUGGUCGCCGCUGGGAGGUUGCGCGCCGGUUGGAUAUUGUGCUGCGCGCGGCUAUCGUGGAGGUGGACUCGGAUGGACACAACAGUUCCGAGUUGCCGGUCGACUUUUGGAAUGUCAAGAAGAGUCAUUUGGAUAUUUCGGAGGAGCUGAAAGAGUGGGUCGAGGGGUAUAAGCAUUCAUUGUAUGUUGGUGCUUUGAAUGGGCCUUAUGUGUGA